AGCAUGGCGCUAAAUAGAUCUGUUUUAGAACAAUAUCUGAAGUUGAAUCAACGCAACAAGGUGCUGGUCACAUACAUCUGGAUUGAUGGAACAAGACAGUUCCUUCGUUCAAAGACAAAAACUCUUAACUUUGAGCCAAAAUCUCCCAGUGAAUGUCCUGUCUGGAACUUCAAAGGAUCAAGCAUGAGACAGAGCUUGGGUGAUAAUAGUGACAUUUACCUCUAUCCAGUGGCUCUAUUCAAAGAUCCUAUACACAAAGGAAAGAACAAGUUGCUUCUCUGUGAAACAUACGUCUCAAACCACAUCCCCACACUUUCCAACAAGCGCCAUUCUUGUGCAGCCGUCAUGAAAGAGGCUCUAGAUUCUCAUCCCUGGUUUGGUAUAGAGCAAGAGUACGUUCUACUUGAUGCAGAUGGUCAAAUUUUGGGCUGGCCUAAAGGAGGUUUCCCAGCACCAGAAGGACCAUACCACUGUGGUGUGGGAACAGGGAAAGUGUUCGGUCGUGAUAUAGUUGAAUUUCACUACAGAGCAUGUCUUCAUGCAGGAAUUCUCAUAGCUGGAACUAAUGCUGAGGUUAUGCUCGGUCAGUGGGAAUUCCAGAUUGGUCCUUGUGAGGGUGUUGAGAUGGGAGAUCAGUUGUGGGUGGCUCGUUAUCUGAUACAACGAGUAGCAGAAGAUUUUGGUAUCAUGGUAAGUUUCGAUCCAAAACCAAAGACAGGAAAUUGGAGUGGGUGUGGAGCUCAUUGCAAUUUUAGCACAAACGCCAUGCGAGAAGAUGGCGGUAUUGUGCACAUCAGAUCAGCCAUUGAGCAAAUGUCAAAACGUCAUGCUGAGCAUAUCAAGGUGUAUGAUCCUUUAUGUGGCAAAGACAACGAGAGACGACUCACUGGCUAUCAUGAGACAGCUAGCAUUCAUGAUUUCACGUUUGGUGUUGCACAUCGAGGUGCAAGUAUUCGAAUUCCUCGCCAUGUAGCUGAUGAGGGUAAAGGUUACUUGGAAGACAGACGACCAGCAAGUAAUUCUGAUCCUUACAGCGUCACAGAGCGUAUAGUCAAGACUGUUGUGUUAGGUCAGGAAUGA